AUGGGCUCAAGUGUCCCCCCAUGGCGGUCAACAGCGUCAGCACCAAGUGCUACAACCGAAACAUACAAACACUCCGGCACCUCCGCUUACACCCAGGUACAAGCUCGACGUACCCUCUAUCAUAACAAGAAGCUCGAUGGACCUUCCCAGCACAACCAGCCAACAGAGGAGGAACGGCCCCGCUCUAAGUUCUCCCCUGCUGUUCGAGACUAUGUGCAACGUUGCUUUGCUCCUGAGAACCAAGUUCCCGGCGUAAGCGCCAUCGAGAUGCAGACUAAGCUGAAACAAAUCAUCACGAACGCCGCAGACAACCAGACAAUGGAUGUCACGGACUGGGAGCGGCUGCCACUGCCGCAGACCAUGAUCCAGAACGAACGCAACCAGAUCCUGUCGAAUCCCAACAUCUCAAACUGGCCGACCCACAGUCAGCCAGCAUCCCCCAGCAAUAAGCGAAAGUCUACUGAGGGACCUGAGAUGGAAAAUAACUCGGCACCCUGGAGAACAACUAACAACCGCUAUCGUUUUGAAGAACGAGUUACUCACGCGCCCACAGACAAAAAACCCCGCAUGACACUGGAUGUGUCUAGUAAGUCACAAACUAACCUGGAGAAGCGAAAGAAGCGUUUUGAAGAAGCCGGAGGCAGUAAUGAAAACUCUCGCACUGGCACUCCCGUUGUGGAACACCAGGGACCCGUCGUGGGCCGAUGCCAAACCCUCGAGAAGAACUAUUUCCGUCUGACCUCUGCCCCGAAUCCGGACACAGUCCGCCCCAUUGAAGUUCUUCAGAAGACUCUGGAACUGCUAAAGCAGAAGUGGAAGUACGAAAGCAACUAUGGAUACAUUUGCGACCAGUUCAAGUCUCUUCGUCAGGACUUGACUGUUCAGCAUAUCCGAAAUGAGUUCACAGUUUCCGUCUACGAGACUCAUGGACGCAUCGCCCUGGAGAAAGGAGAUCUUGGUGAGUAUAAUCAGUGCCAAACCCAACUACGACUGCUAUACGCACAAAACUUGGGCGGCCAUCCCACAGAGUUCAAGGCCUAUCGUAUCCUCUAUUUCCUUUACACGCGCAACUGGACGGACAUGAACGGUGCUCUGGCCGACGUAACUGCGGAAGACAAGAAAGACCCGGCUGUCAAGCAUGCUCUCGAUGUUCGCUCCGCUCUCUCUCUUGGUAACUACCAUCGCUUCUUUAUGCUCUAUCUGGACACACCGAACAUGGGCGCCUAUCUUAUGGAUAUGUUUGUCGUCCGUGAACGAUUGACUGCCAUUACUACAAUCUGUAGAGCUUACAAACCCGAUGUGAACCUGCGAUUUAUCACUGAAGAGCUUGGUUUUGAGUCCGAUGAGCAAACCGCACGUUUUGUCCUAGAUCACUCCUCCGAUGCGCUCCUUGAGGAGAAGAACGGCACUGUGAGGCUGUUGACUGGCAAGGCGGGCCAGCUGUUUGAGCAGGCCAAAGCUGAAGCUCACCGCAUGGUUGAUAUUAAGGGCCAGAUCUAG